ACAAAAUUGAGGUUUCCAAUUUUCCAUUCCAUGACAGAGAAAAACACACACCACUGCACCAUAAUAAUAAUACUAAUACUAAUAUUUAUUAAAUUAAAUAAUAUUAGUACACAUACAUAAUAAUAUGGAUCAUAAUACUUUACGUCGUUUUGGGGAAAUAAUACCCAAAACUCAUCGUAAUCAUAAUUUUCUCUUAUCACUCUUUCUCUUCGUCUUCUUCUUCUUCUUCUCAUCACACGCAGCUUUUGACCUAGCUACCAUCCCCUUCAACGAUGGCUAUUCUCCUCUCUUCGGAGAUAGCAACGUUGUUCGCUCCGAUGACGGCAACGGCGUUAACCUCCUCCUCGAUCGCUUCACCGGUUCUGGCUUCAUAUCAUCCAGUAUGUACAAAUAUGGAUUCUUCAGCGCUAACAUCAAGUUGCCAUCAAAUUAUACAGCUGGAAUUUGCGUCGCUUUUUAUACGUCAAAUGGUGAUGUGUUCGAGAAGACACACGAUGAGUUGGACUUUGAAUUCCUUGGUAACUUAGCGGGAAAACCGUGGCGGUUUCAGACCAACUUGUACGGCAACGGAAGCACCCACCGUGGCCGUGAGGAGAGGUAUCGCCUGUGGUUUGAUCCUACAAAGGAAUACCAUAGAUACAGCAUCCUUUGGACUGCCAAGAAUGUUGUAUUUUACAUUGAUGAAGUUCCAAUUAGAGAGGUGCUAAGAAGUGCUGAAAUGGGAGCUGAUUACCCAUCUAAACCAAUGUCAUUAUAUGCAACAAUUUGGGAUGCAUCAAAUUGGGCCACUUCAGGUGGAAAGUACAAAGUGAACUAUAAAUAUGCACCUUUUGUAGCCGAAUUUAAAGACCUAGUCCUCAAGGGUUGCUCCGUUGACCCUAUUGAAGAGUCCACCGUGGCCGGCCGAAGCAUUUGCUCCGACCAACACGCCGAUCUUGAGGCACAAGACUAUGCUGCCGUGACCCCAAGGCGCCGCCUAGCGAUGCGCCGGUUCCGGCAGCGUUACAUGUACUAUUCUUAUUGUUAUGACACAUUAAGGUACCCUAAUCCAUUACCUGAAUGUGAUAUUAUACCAUCGGAGAAACAAAGAUUUAAGGAGACUGGAAGGUUGAAAUUCGGCGGCAGCCACCGCCGGCAGUCUCGGCGGAAGGGCCGGACUACAACUCCGGUGGAUGAUGCCGAUCAAGGUGAUAUGUGAUGAGUGAUGAUUGGGUUGUAAAUAAUAGUGUCCAAUAUAAUUUUAUAUGUGGUUUUGUCUAUAUAAUUGUUUGAAACCAUAAAUAAACAAACCAAGUGAUUAUUUUUAGGUCAA